UUGGUAUAGGCCUAUUGUGAGUUCAAAUAUCACUCUGUCUGCAAUCGUGAAGGUGGAAUGUUUUUAACGAUUCAAUCUAUGUGUUGAGACUCCAAGAGUGAUCGUUAUGGCUGACAUAGACGCCAACCAGGUAGAGGCCACACAGGUAGAGGAGAACGAUACAAAGGUAUUACGGGCUCGGAGUGCUAAGCCUCAUCAGCGAGCGAAAAGUGCACGUUAUCGAAGUCAACAUGCUAAGGAAGUAAACAAAGUGGAUAUGAGUGCGGGCAGUUUGAGUUCCGUGGAUUCUGGAACUGGAUCCGUACAUCAAGAUGAUGGUCCAGACAGCUCGGAGGAUGACUUCAGUCCUUCCAGAGAUCCAGACCAGCCUGCGAAACGAGUUGAUCAGACGAUACCAUGGAGAAAAGAAAGGCCAACAACUAGUGUUAGCGCAAGAAGACAAAGGCCCAAAAGCAAAAUUGGCAGUGCUAAGUCCAAGAGUAACAGUAGACCCAAGUCAUGUCACAUCUCAAGUCAAUAUACCCCAGAGCACCCAGGUUACGUCGAGUACCUCAGGCCCUUCUCUGCUUUCAGGCCCCCUCUCAAGCGUGUGGUCAGUAUACCAGAUGCCUUCAGCAACAGUCAUCUAUUGCAACAUCCUAGCCUAAGCACAGGGCAGAAGACCUACCUAUGGCAUACUGCAUCAGUGUAUAGCCUGACAAAUCUGAAAGAACUGCAACAAAAGCGAUAUGAAAAUAUGAUUCAACACCAGCUAGACAUAGUCUUACGACCUGUGAAUGGAUCUACUAAGCGACCUAAGCCACCAAAGUCAGGAAGAAAGAGGCAAAAAAAGCACCGCUGUGGCCAUAUGAAAGGUUUACACAAUCCAAAGGAUUGCGAACGAUACAUCAAGUACCUAUUGGGAGAACGCCAACGUCAGUUUGAAGUAGACCCAAGAAUAUGGCGUAAUCCGCCAAGGAUCACCCCUAAAGGGCGCUAUUAUCACAAGCGAGACAAGACAGUCGACUAUGAAUCAGAGGAAGAUGAUGCUGAUGUACAGUCAGAACCUCCGCAAAGACGGCCACAAACAGCUGUUUCUUCCUCUGGGUAUGGAAGGCCAACUACAUCAAAAACUCCAUCAAAGCCAGCUUACGAAAAAAGAUUUCCUUCUGGACAACCUACUGAUCAGCAAUUGUACUAUGACACAAAAGUCAGGCAACUGAAAUCUCCAGAUCAGAGAGAAAAAGAUGAAGAAAAAAAGAAAAAGGAGAGAAAAAAGAAGAAGCGAGAGCGAUCAAAGAAAAGAGAUAAAACGGAACAAAACACUACAAAGAAAUAUCUUAGUGAGGCUCAAGAUUCUGAGGACAAUUCAUUGGAAAAGAAGGAAGGUAAUUCAAAAGAGAAAGAACAUAGUGAAUAUAAAAAUAAUACUGAAGAAAAUGUUGAAUCACAGAAAAGAGAAAUCCGCAAGAAACCAAGUAGGACUGUAAAGAAAGAUAGCCCUAGAAGAGAUUCGAUCAAAAACUCUAAAGGAAAAGCAAAUCCAAAGGAAGAUGGUAAUACAAAACAGGUAAAAUCUCGACGAAGAUCAAUUAAGAAAGACAAAUCUCCAAAAGAGCUUGAAAAGGAGGCUUUGAAUGAGAACAAUGAUGCAGAUAGUAGAGCUAUUGAAACAGUUAAACAGAACAAUGACCAUGAAAACGCUUUAGACAAGGAUGAAAUCACACCUGCCUUUAAUGAUCAGCCUUCAGAUGAGAAACCAGUUGAUGAUACAACAGAAUUUAACAGCCAAGUUCAGAUAUUUGUUGGAGAGGAACCAGACGAAGACUUUGAUAAGGAGGAGGAGGAUGAACUAGGGGAAUUUAUGUUUGAAAACAGAUUACGGCAGCAAAAACCGGACGAUACUAUCUCCGUAUACUCAUCAUUCUCUGUUGAUAUGGCGAUUACAAAGACGCCAGCACCAUCAGAGCUGGAAUACUAAUACUUUGAGUCUGUGGUAUUCCUAGAUUUAUGAUCUUAACCAGAAUAUAAUAUUUUUUAGCAAAAAUUGCAACACUAAAAGAAAUGAAAGUUGAUGGUUUCGUCAAUUGUGUGAGCCACCUCUGAUUGAAUGGAACACAUCACAUUUAGCUGUAGCUUCACCUGAAAUUUGUUAUUCUCAGAAUAUUUACCUUUGCCAUUGUAUUCAUCCACUGUCUGUCUGUUCAUCACCUUUAUACAGUUAAUAUUUAGAAGUACAGUUAACCUUGCCUAAGUCAACAUUGCCUAACUCGAAUAAUUUCUAAGUUGAUUUUAUUUUAGGCCCAAAAAAAAAAAAAAAAAAAAAUUUUGUGUAGGCCAAUCCAAAAUAUCUGUAGGAAAAUUUUUACUUAAACCAAAAAUGUGUUUCCGCUUAAAAAAAUAGCAAAUACACAGGUAAUACAACAAUUUUGAAUUUGUAUCGCAUCCUUGCAACAAAAUAGGUUAGGCCUUGCCCCCCUAGCUAGUCUAGUCCAAGGCUAUUCUAACCUUAUUAGCUCAUUAAAAAAAAAAAUAUUGUUCCUUGUAGUCAAAAAAAAAAAA